CUCUCACACCAAACUAAGCCUGUCUUCCCCAAAACCAAAGAGCUCUCUCAUCUCUGCUCUCAUAUGGCCAAGGUUCAUCCUCUCACAGUAGUACCCACUGAAGAUGCUUCUUCAAGUACUACUUCAUGUUCUAAUAAAUAUAUGACUUCAAAAAGAGAAACAUUCACAGUAUGGAUGAAAUCGCUUUUGAUGCAAGGAAAUGGAUGCACAGCCUUCAACGAAACUGGCGAGGUUGUGUAUCGCAUCGACAACUAUGACGACAAGCACAGCAAUGAAGUCUUCCUCAUGGAUCUCCGCGGCAAGGUUCUCUUCACUCUAUGUGAGCACAAAAUGGGAGUGUUUACGCGUUGGAAGGGCUACGCAGCCGAUGGGACAAAGCCAAUGUUUCGAGUAAGAAAGAGUUGCAGAUCAAUCUUCGGAAACGAAGAGUCAAGUUCAUACAAAGUAACCAUGGGAUCUGAUAGCAGUUUCUACAGUUUAAAAAGUUUGUCGGCCGGAAAAUCAGCAGCCUUCAGAAUAACAGACAGUAACGGAAGGGUUGUGGCGGAGGCGAAGCGAAAGCAAUCGUCUUCAGGAGUUGUGUUGGGAGAUGAUGUACUGAGUUUGGUAGUGGAGGCUGAUGUAGAUCACUCCUUUAUCAUGGCUCUUGUUACUGUCUAUGGCUUAAUCAAGCGUCAAAUAUGAGUACUUAGUGUGUAGCUCAAGCACAUAGAUACAUACUUCUAGCUAGCAAGUAGUGAAAUCAGAUUUUUUUUUUUUUGACCCAUUUUUGGGUUGUGAUUGAUAUGGCUCUCAAACUUUUUGUGGGAAUUAAACCCAUUCUGUAAGACUUUUGUGAUACAUAAUGAUAUCUCUUUU